AUGGAGACUUCUUUAGAUGUCAGCGAAAGAAUACAGACUACUUUAGAUAACAGCAAAAAAAUUAAAACUACUUUAAAUGUCAGUGAUAGAAUGAAAACUACUUUAGAUGUCAGCAAAGAAACAGAAACUACUUUAGAGGUUAAUGAAAGAAUGAAAACUACUUUAGAUGUCAGCGAAAGAACAGAAACUGCUUUAGAUGUCAGCGAACAAAUAAAAGCUACUUUAGAUAUCAGCAAAGGAAUAAAAACUACUUUAGAGGUCAAUAAAAAAAUAAAAGCUACUUUAGAUGUUAACGAAGGAACAGAAACUACUUUAGAGGUCAAUGAAAGUGUGAAAACUACUUCAGAUGUCAGUGAAAGAAUAAAAGCUACUUUAGAUAUUAGCGAAGAAACAGAAACUACUUUAGAGGUUAAUGAAAGAGUGAAAACUACUUUAGAUGUCAGCGAAAGAAUAGAAACUGCUUUAGAUAUCAGCGAACAAAUAAAAGCUACUUUAGAUAUCAGCAAAGGAAUAAAAACUACUUUAGAGGUCAAUGAAGAAAUAAAAGCUAUUUUAGAUGUUAGCGAAGGAACAGAAACUACUUUAGAGGUCAAUGAAAGUGUGAAAACUACUACAGAUGUCAGCGAAAGAAUAGAAACUGCUUUAGAUGUCAGCAAAAGAAUAAAAGCUACUUUAGAUGUUAGUGAAGAAACAGAAACUACUUUAGAGGUCAAUGAAAAAGUGAAAACUGAUUUAGAUGUCAGCGAAAGAAUAGAAACUGCUUUAGAUGUCAGCGAAAGAAUAAAAGCUGCUUUAGAUGUCAGUGAAGGAACAGAAACUACUUUAGAGAUCAAUGAAAGAGUGAAAACUACUUUAGAUGUCAGUGAAAUAAUAGAAACUGCUUUAGAUGUCAGCGAAAAAGUAAAUUUAGAUGUCACUGAAAGCACAGUGAAUGAGUGCAAUGAUAAAGCUAAUACAUCUAGCAAUAUAAAUGAUAGCAAUAAGAGUUUAAAAAUGAGUGAAACUCAAAAUACCAGUGAAUACAACCCAACUGAUGAAACUCAAUGUUCAUCAGAAAUUAAUAAUACAGAAGUAACGGCAAAUGAUUCUGAUAUUAAUAAUAAUAGUAUUAAUGAAACAAACAGUGCAUCCGAAAGCGAUGAAUAUAGUCAAUUAAAAUUUAAUGUUCCUGGAAAUAGUGCAUGUAAUGAUUUGGAAUUAACUGCUGAAAUGUCAAAUGGUCCUAAAGAUAAUCAAGUAACAAGGGUAGCAAACUUUAUGGGUCAUCAUGAACAUAUACACAAAGAAAUUUACAGACAACCUGUUGCUAAAGUUGAUAUACUAGAAAUGUCAAAAAUUUUAGAAAAAGCUCAAGGUGUGGAUACGACAACCUCUAACGAAACUGAUGUAACUAUGAACAAUGAAAAGGAUAAUCUUUCUUUCAAUAAUCAAGGUUAUAGCAACUAUACUUAA